GGUGAAUUCAAUUGCUAUGACGAAGUCACUAAGCGAUCAAGCAGAGACCAUGGAGACAGUUGAGACACCUGUGCUGGUGGUUGGUUCUGGUCCAGCUGGGCUCCUGUUAGCCUUUCAACUGGCUCGGUAUGGCGUUCGCUGUAUGCUUGUGGAGCGCAAUCUUGACACCACCAAGUGGCCGAAAAUGGACAUCACCAAUUGCCGGAGCAUGGAGUUGUUCAAUCGGCUAGGCAUCUCUGAGGCCUUCCGUGAACAAGGCGUUGCGCAACACUAUUCUUCCGACGUAUUGUUCAGCACGGGGCUUUCUGAAGGCGGAGAGCUUGUGGCAAAAUGGAGUCUUCCAUCUCCGGAUGUCUGGAAAGAACGUAUACGGCAACAGAAUGACGGCACGAUGCCCCGCGAACCUUACCAGCGUUGCAGCCAGGCAAUAUUUGAGGCGUGGCUGAAAAAGAGGAUUCUUGCUGAACCCCUUAUCGAUACACGCUAUGGACACAAAUUCGAGUCCUUCAAGGAAGGCAAAGACUUUGUCGAGGCGGAGAUCACGGAUGUCGAGAAAAACGAAAAGUACACUGUUCGGAGUAGGUUUCUCGUGGGGUGCGACGGAGCUGGCAGUCGCGUACGGAGAAACUUGGGCGUGGAGUUGGUCGGCGGCCCAGCUCCUAUCGCCAUGUACCUUGUCCAUUUCAAGUCCAGAGAUCUGUCUAGGUUGCAGAAGCAGGGUCAGUUUUGGCACAUCUUCUUCACGAGUGGGGCCGCCAUCAUCGCCCAGGAUGAGGUCGAAACAUGGACAAUCCACAUCCCGAUCCCGCUUGAUGUGGACUGGAAACAACUGGACCCACGUCAGGAAGUGUACAAGGCUCUCGGAGGCUCUCUAGCGCCUUUUCCCAUCGAGGUGGGUGAGAUUCUGGUCUGUAGCGCAUGGCGCCCAGCUAUCUCUGUUGCCGAGAAGUAUUCGUCGCCCAGCUUGAAGGUAUUCCUUGCGGGUGAUUCUGCACACCAGAACAUCCCUACCGGCGGGUACGGCAUGAAUACUGCUGUCGGCGAUAGCUUUGACAUUGGGUGGAAACUCGCCGCUAUUAUCAAUGGUUGGGGUGGAGAUCAACUCCUAAGUUCAUAUGAGCUGGAGAGAAAGCCCGUAGCCAUUCGUAACAUCGAGCGGUCGGGCGUACACCACAGGGUCCAUCAAACUUAUGUUGAGUGGACCAUGGGGGCAGGUCCAGGCGUCGUUACGGCCAACGCUGAUGCCGGUGCUGCCCUGCGAGAGCGGAUUCGUCAGCAUGUGCUGAGGAACGAUGGUGAGAACCAAGACCACGGUAUCGAACUUGGCUACAGAUACAGCAACUCCAACAUCAUUCUCAAGGAGAAAGCACAGGACGCAGAGUCUGACUUCGACUACCGAAACUACGUUCCAUCCCCAGUACCCGGUGCCAGAGCGCCUCACGUCUUCCUUGCCGAUUGCAAGACGAGUAUCUUCGAUAUCUUCGGCCCUCAAUUUACGCUGGUGGACUUCUCUAUCGACGGAACAUGGGCUGCUUCCUUCGAAAAGUCUGCUUCAAGGCUGAACAUCCCGCUGAAAUGCGCCAAUCUGCCAAGGGAGAGUCAAGCGAAGAAAGUCUGGGGGGAGGCGACGCAUUCCUAAUUCGCCCCGAUGAUCAUGUGGCCUGGCGAUCCUCUGGAUCUCGAAUGGAUAAGCAAGACGACAUUGAGACAAUUCUCAGGGUAGUCACGGGUCAGGAUGCCACGGAUCCCUCCACCAGGGCCAUUUUUCCAGACUCCAUAGAAAUUGUGAAGUCCAAAGGCUUUACAGGAACAGUGGGUAACAUAGAUCAGACGACAGUGAAGCAACGUGCUGAAUUCCAAGAAUAAAGAUUGAUUGGGCGUUUUGCGACCCCUUUAACAUUGCUC